AUGGCUAAGGUCCUUAGCGACGUGGUUGAUGAGAACAAGAGACAGUGUCCCCACCAGCUGCUCGCGCAGAAGCGCCAGAUCUUGGCGCGAGUGGAGAAGGCCCUGAUGCAGAACAACAGAGAGUUUCUCCAAAAAACAGAAGGUCUUCUCGACAACAUCACAGCCAUCGUGGAGCAGGCCAACAAAGAGCUUCAGCGUCAGAGAGACGACGUUCUCGAGGACGUGACGGGGAUCAUUGAGAAGGGAAACAGGGAGUGUCUGCAGCAGAAAGACGACAUUCUGGAGAACGUAACGGCGAUCGUCCAGGCUCUCGAGGCUAGCUUCGAGAGUAAGCUGAAGACUAAGGAGAUCCAGAAAAAGCCCCGCACGUGCGUUGAGGUGCAGAGUAUGGACCCGCGACUUGUGGUCACUCUCGAUAACGGUAUGACAGUGGUCUGCGACACCAAGACUGACAACGGCGGAUGGGUUGUGUUUCAGAGACGUGCCUCGGCCAACGUGGACUUCUUUCGUGGCUGGCUAGGGUACAGGGACGGGUUCGGAGACCUCCAUAGUAACUUCUGGCUGGGUUUAGAGAAAGUCCACCAGCUGACAAAAAUGGAAAGACACGAACUUAGAAUCGACUUCUCUUUCCAAGGAACCGACUACCACGCAAAAUACGACAACUUUUCCCUCUCGGGAGAAUCUGAAAACUAUAAAAUUCAUAUUUCUGGAUUUUCGGGUAACAUGGAGGACAACAUGGACUAUCACAACGGCCAUGAGUUCACCACCAAGGACCGUGACAACGAUAAAUCUAGUAGCAACUGCGCCAGCACCUAUCACGGGGCUUGGUGGUACAACUCUUGCCAUAGAGUCAACUUGAACGGGGACUGGGGAAGCACUGAGUCCUCGAUGGGCUUGAACUGGAAAGCUGUUACAACGUACUCCAAAUCUGUCACGUUUAGUGAGAUGAAAAUACGGCCGUUCGUUCAGUGAUUGUUUAAUGACUCCGAGUGAAUGCUCUACGUUUUGAUGAUGAUAAUAGCGUUUAGUUUGUUGAGAUAUUAACGUGUUUAGGGAUCAAGUUUGUUUGUUUGUUUGUUUGUUUGUUUGUUUGUUUGUUUGUUUGAAGGAAAGAGAAACAGUGAUAGAACAUGUUCACACACACACACACACACACACACACACACACACACACACACAUAUGCACACGCGCUCGCACAUGCACACAUACUCAUACACACACCCAUCCACACAUAUUCACACACAUACGAACGUACAAGGCCCCAGGAAACAAACACCCACUCACUCAAAAUAAUACAAUGGAAUCCUGUUAUAACGAAAGGGAGGGGGCUUGUGCAAAAUGUCCGUUAUAGAAGGAUUUUUGUUAUAAGGGAUCUUGUAAUAUAUUCAAAGGAAAUAAUAAAGAAGGCCUAAUCUAUGA